AUGCAAUGGUGAAAAGCUCACCUAUUUACAAACAUCCUAACUCAGUGUUACGUUGUUGGCUCUCGACUAAAGUUGAAUUACCCAGUUAUUCACAUUCAACUGAAUUUUUCAAAUCAGCUAUAAUUUUUUCUUCAAUCUCUUUAAUAACUGGAGAUUUGUUGUGAUCAUGAAAACCAUGAAAUGUCCUUUUCUGAAUCAAUUAUCUUCCUCUUUUCUUUCUUCCUACUCAUCAUUAUUGAUGAAAAACUAUGCUCCUCUGUGCCCAAUUAUGUCCAAAGUAUCAAGAUAUUAUUCAACAAACAAUGAAGGAAUCUCUGGCCCAAAAAAAGAUAAUGAAGGAAUUAAACAUGCUAAAAGACUGGCUGAAGGUGAUCCAUCAACAUGUCCUUUUUUGAAAACAGUCAAUCCUAUGGUUAAACUUGCUAACCCUGUGGUCACUCAGGAUAUAAUUCACCCAUUGGAAAAAAAUGAUGAUAACCUGUUUCACUAUCAUAAGUUUUUCCAGGACAAGAUAUUGAUGAAGAAAAAAGAUCACUCAUAUCGUGUUUUUAAAAAAGUUGCUCGGUUUGCCGACAAACCCCCUUUUGCUCAAGAAUUAUCCGCAAAUAAUAAACCAAUUACUGUUUGGUGCAGUAAUGAUUAUCUCGGAAUGACAAGUCAUCCACAAGUUCGCCAAGCUGUAGUAGAAGCUGUUGAAAAAUAUGGAUCAGGAUCUGGAGGAACGCGCAAUAUUUCUGGAAAUACACCUUUACAUGAGGAGUUGGAGAAAGAAAUGGCUUCUUUACACCAAAAGGAAGCGGGUUUAUUGUUUACAUCAUGUUUUGUUGCCAAUGACUCUACCCUUUUCACUCUUGGAAAGUCUUUACCAAAUUGUCAAAUAUUUUCUGACGCUGGUAACCAUGCAUCUAUGAUUCAAGGAAUACGGAAUAGCGGAGCUACUAAAUACGUUUUUCGAUCUAAUGAUAUUGACCAUUUGGAAAGUCUUCUCAAAUCAGUCGACAAAAAUUUACCCAAAAUAGUUGCUUUUGAAACGGUUCACUCAAUGUCUGGUGAUAUUAGCCCUGUUGGCGAUAUGUGUGACAUUGCUCACAAGUAUGGAGCGAUUACCUUUGUUGACGAAGUACAUGCAGUUGGAUUAUAUGGUGAUCAAGGAGCUGGUGUUGCUGAAAGAGAUGGAGUUUUAGAUAAAAUUGAUAUUAUAUCAGGUACCCUUGGUAAAGCCUUCGGCAACAUUGGUGGUUAUAUUGUCGGUUCAAAUGAAUUGAUUGACAUGGUAAGAAGUUAUGCCGCUGGAUUUAUCUUCACUACUUCACUUCCUCCGAUCAACCUGAAAGCUGCAUUAACCUCUGUGCGGAUUCUUCGUGGUGAAGAAGGUCGGUAUUUACGUCGGCUUCAUCGUGAAAAUGUAUCUUACAUGAAAAACUUGUUGGAAAGAGCUCAGAUACCGCAAAUGCCUAGUAAAAGUCACAUUAUUCCCAUUCCUGUUGGAGAUCCAGUUGUUUGUAGUUGGAUUUGUGAUGAAUUGAUGACUCGUUAUGGACAUUAUGUUCAAUCAAUCAAUUAUCCAACCGUGGCCAAAGGAACUGAAAGACUUCGAAUUGCUCCAACACCAUUCCAUUCUCGGCCCAUGAUGGAAGAAUUUGUCUUUAAUUUAUUGAAAGUCUGGAAAGAAGCUGGCCUUGAUUUGUGUGAAAAAAAGACUUCAUUUGAAACAUGUUUCUACUGUCACCGAUCAGCUAAAUUAGUCAAUGGAGUCAACCCUUGUGAAUGGGAUCAAGCUUGUCCUCAAUAUUCCCUGGUCAAUUAAUUUGGUCAAUCCUUAGUAACUAUUUAGCCCUUGAUAGAUUUUAUAUUUUGCCAAUCAUCAAUUAUUGUGUCUUGUUAAUGAAUCAAAUUCUCUCAAUCUAUUACUCUAUUGUUUCUAUACCGUUAAUUGUCUUGUUAUCUCGUGAAUAUUCUGAUUAUAAUCUAUUGUCAAGGAAAACUCUCUAUGCAAAAAUAUGACGUUGAAACAAUAUCUAACAUUUAAUUAAUCAUAAACAAAAGAUUAAAUAGAGAAAUAUAUUAUUAUUAA